GUUUUAGGGGUUUCUAUCUUAUUAUCUCAUUGUAAAAGCAUCUACAUGUACAUUCAUACCUGAACACAAGAGAAAAUGUACUUCAGGAUACCAGUAGAUUGGAAUACUUUCACAUUUAAUAUCAUUUGAGGAGGUGACUUCGCUAGAUAUUCAUUUGAUAUUCUGAGUCCGGUUUGACAAAAAGCCGGAUCUCAGUCACGUAAUCAUGUAUGCAGUACUAGAACAGAACCCGGCAGCGCGCAGUGACUGUACUAUUCUGUCGCUGUCGUGGAAAGGAACAGUCCCUGAAAGCGAGAAGGAUAAGAGCUAUACUCGCAAGCGACACUACACAAAAGGAUGGCUUGCAACAGGCAACGUGAAAGGGGUGGUUGGAGCAACGUACACAACCAGCCACUGUGGAAAGAGUCCUCAAGCCCCUGCCAGAAGAAAUUUCAAUCUCCGUGGGCACAACAGUGAGGUGGUGUUGGUGAGAUGGAACGAACCAUUUCAGAAGAUGGCUACCUGUGAUGCUCAAGGGGUCAUCUUUGUCUGGAUCAAGUAUGAGGGGCGCUGGUCAGUCGAGCUGGUCAACGACAGGUCAUGUCAGGUGAGUGAUUUCUCUUGGAGUCAUGAUGGCCGAAUGGCUCUCAUCUGUUACAAGGAUGGCUUCGUCCUGGUAGGGUCAGUGACCGGUCAACGCUACUGGUCAUCUCUUCUUGACCUGGAUGCCAAGCUGCUAUGUGGGGCAUGGGCACCAGAUGAUAAACAGGUUUUGCUGGGUACGUCUAAGGGGGAAAUCGUUGUGAUGGAUAUCCAUGGCGCCUUGGUGACUCAGUGUAACCUAGCAACAGAGCGCCCCCUUAAGGCGCUGCUCUGGUCCUCGGAGAAGUUUCGGAUGGUUAACAUUGGAGACUGUGAAGGGGAAGACAGGAAGAAGAGAAAAGUAGGCAGUGACAAGCGGAAUCGUAGCAAGAGGAAGAGUCCUGUGAUGGCGAUAGAUCUGGGAGACGGUGAGAUCCAACUGAUGAGAAGCCAUGAUGAUCUCACUCCAAUCUGCAUCAAGACUGGAAUGACAGCAGCUGUAAAGAUGGAGUGGAGCGGAUGUGGCAGUUUCCUAGCUGUGGGUGGAACUCAGCCAGUAGAGAGUAUCAGUGCUGUCAAGUUCUACGAUACGACCGGACACCUUCGGUUUACACUUAACAUUCCAUCCCAGAGACCACUGUCUGCUUUGACCUGGGGUCACAACGACCAGCGUCUCUUUGUGGCGUGCGGUUCCAUCCUCCACGUAGCAUGGAUAGAGAAGGGCGUGGCACCUCUGCAGGUGCUGUGUAGGGAGGUCAUCCAGCCACUCACCAAUGAGGAGAAGCUGAUUGCCAAACUCCCACUGCCUCUCAGACUCAGGAAUUACGUCUGCGAGAGAUUGUCACUCACUAUAAAGGGAUGCAUUCCAGAUCCAGCCAAGCUCAGAGAGUUUGUCAGUCAGCCUCCACCAGGCAACGAAAGACUUCACUGCACAAUGGUACGGACCGAGUUUGAUUCAAGAACGGGAAGUCCAUGUUUCACCCUCUUUCUGGAGUUCCUAGGGGGGCUUGUACCCCUCUUGAAGGGACGUAGGAUAAGCAAGCUCAGACCAGAGUUUGUAAUAUACGACCCAAAGACGAUACCAAAGAGUAACGAUGAUGAUGGGGGUGUCCCUACUUUCAUGAGUUCAGAUGACAGCUCGUGUACGGAUGACAGUGACGAGGACCUGAUGUGCAACAUGCGACGCAAGACGGACAAUCGUAACAGCAGCAGUAGUCCCAAGCCCAGGGACAGUACGCAAAGUGCAUCGGACUCACCCAGGCUCAAGGAGAAGGAAUUUGACAGCUUGUUUCUUGAUAGUUUACCUGAGCGCAACCCUCUGGUGGAGGUCACGUCCAACAUCUGGGGCACGAAGUUCAAGAUCCACGGCCUGGCUGAAUUCCUGCCAGCUAACCUGGGCCAGAUCAACUACAGGACCAGCCUUCUUCAUCUCCAGCCCAGGCAGAUGACCAUCGCCCUGGUGGAACUCAAGCCAGAGUUCCUGCGUUGUCGGCAGGAUGAGGACUCUGACUAUGAUCCUAAUGUCUUCAGUGAAGAUGAUGAUGAUGUCCAAGAUGUCGUGAAGAGUCCCCCUCUUACCAAGGCAGCAGCAGCACCCAUCGCACCGAUGACAUCCACAAACAGGAGCUUCUCAGACACCAUGGAUUCCAACAAUCACAACCUAGUUAGUGAGCUGACUCAACAGAAUAAUGCCGAAAGUCAAACCGUUGAGGAGGGAGAGACUGAUUCGAUUCCACUCUUAGCAGAGACCACGAGGGAGGAGUACACACAACAGGGUGCUAUUCCCAAACAGAGACUAGUCUCACAAGGAAGACGCAAAAUAGAAUCGGAAUGUGGGUCAACAAGCAUAGGGGGUGGUCGCACGGGACCGCUCGAUGUCGUGACGGAUGUUCGGGUGAUGAAUGGCGGAGCGGAGGCGUUAGAUGAAGGAAUUAUCUUACCGUCCGAUGUACAAGGCGAGGAGGAGUUACAAACAGACUUGCCACGUUGGGCAGAUACUGCCCCCAGACAUUCGCGGCCUGGUCAUUUAUGUGACGGUCCUGGUAGCAACAGCCAGUCUCCGAAGCGAAUAGCUCGGAGAAGAGAACAUCAUGAAUCCAAUGGUCAUGGGUCUGUGAAGGACACCGAUGUAAGACAUGUAGCAAUAAUGAAUGGUAGCCCUCAGAUAGAUAAAGUGCGUAGAGCACCUAUUAGUGUGGAUGAAUCUGAUCUAGACUUGUCAGAGCCAGUCAGAGCAUCCUCACCAAAGCCUUGUCAAACUCCAGUGGAUGAGAAGGGAAAGGAGAAGAAACACACAGCGUCAUCGCCUCAGACAAAAACAAAGAGGUCAAAGUUAAAAGGUCGGAAAGCAGAAAAUGGUCAAGAAGGGGCGGCCACCGAGAAGCAAGGGUCGCCGAAACUCUCCGGCAGCGCCCAGGAAAAUUCAUCAGGAAAGAGUCGCAAGUCCUUACGCAAGGCAUGGUCCAACUCUGACCGCUCGCCCUCCAGGUCGCGGAUGAAAUCACAGGGAGAAAACUCUGACAGUGAUGCAGAGAAUCAAAACGCCAACGAAGCGGGUGAUUCGUCAACAGCGAGCAGUGCAAAGUCAAGGAAAGCCAAGCUGAUGAAGCAGUACGCUAACUGCAAGUCAAAGGUGUUUGUCAUGCAUAACAAAGCCCCCUUGUGGAACGAAAACACACAGGUUUAUCAACUGGACUUUGGUGGCAGAGUGACCCAAGAAUCAGCCAAGAAUUUCCAAGUGGAAUUACUUGGGAAGCAGAUCCAGGUGAUGCAGUUCGGAAAGAUAGAUGGCCAGGCCUACACCUUGGAUUUCCAGAGUCCUUUCUCUGCUAUCCAAGCCUUCGCAAUCGCUCUAGCAAAUGUGACCCAGAGACUGAAAUAAGAUGGCGCUCUGGCGAAAGUUUGGAUUUCCAGAGCUCUUUCUCCGAUAUCGAAGCCUCCGAAUCACCCUUGCAAAUGGGACCCAGAGACUGAGGAAAUGCUGUUUGAGAUUAAGCCAUCAUUGUUGUGGAAGUUUGGAUUUCAGAGCGCUUUCUCUGCUUUCCAGGCUUUUGCAAUAGCUUUUGCAAUUGUCAUCUGGAGAUGGUAGAAAUGCUUUCUAAGGUUUGGCCGCUGAGAGACUGACAUUGGGAAAGGACUUCGCCAUCACUUCUGCAAACCCAAGACAACUCUCCUAAACCUCUUAUGGCAGCCGUGCUAAAGCCAGGGUAAUAAUCGGGAGCGCCAGGAGUGUCAAGUCUGACAGACAUGAGCGCUAUACAAGAACCAACUAUUAUUAUUAUUAUUAAGUUCAAAAUGGAUCUGGAUGAUGCUCAGAGAAAGGGUACGGGAUCAAGGAUGGUGAGAGGAGAUCUGAACAGAAAAUAGUUGUACAGAUACACAGAGGACUGGGACCUGGAACAAGCUCUGUCAAAGUGUUAGCAUAGAAUGAACAUCAUUUCAGUGAAGCACAAAUCAUGAAAUUAAUUCAGAACAUUUGUAGUGCCCAUGCUUAGUUUAUUUAAAUGUACACUUACAGUAGAAAUAAUACAUUCAGUGCUAAAGGACAAACAUCAUCGUAACCUAUAUCAAACUUGCCUUUUCAUCCCUCUGAAAAAUUACCCAUAUUAAAAUUCAUGAAAGCUUCUGUAUUAAAUCUCACGCAACUAUACAAGAUUAAGGAGGGAUGGAGGUAGCUCAUUGAUAUACAAUAGCAUGAAAAGACAUGUCCAGAAAGCAAAAAGGCCAAUGGAUUAUGAAAAUUUGUAAUUUGAAAUAUAUAUAUAUGACAUUUUUGGUAAUAUUGAGUGUAAACAAGGUUGGAUAGAUAUUUCUUGAUCCUGUGAGCUAUAAAUAUGGUUCUGUCAAAAUGCCAUGAAACUAAAAUUUAGUAAACAAGUAUUCAUUUUGCAUUCUGGACGUGUCUCUCCGUGACACUAUAUUUUGGUAAGCUACCUUAGUGAUGCAAGGUGUAAGUAUUCCUUGCUGUCUCUCGCUCCCCCUGUUUAUUUUAUUCAGCAAUUUUUUGAUGGGUGCCCAAUGGAUCACAGUGGGACAAAUUUAGAGUAAAAUUGCGGUGUCUGAAAGUUUGUGAUGUGGAUCUCAACAUAGCUUGGUGAUAUCAAUAUCAUUACCAGACUAUUCAUGGUUGCACAAUUGUUUUUGAUGCAUUGUUUAUACAGCAUCUCGGUGUCUUAAACACACAAAAAAACGUAAGUCCCCCCCCCCCCCCCCCCCUGAGCAACACAUCCUAAUUUCUGAACCGCAAAAGUUUUGAUCAAAUCUACUUAGAAGUGACUGUCUGUGUGUGUUUCUCAUUUAACUUAUAUCUGAAAAUCAGAGUUAUCCAUGAGGUCAUGCUAGAAUGAGCUUUCUCUUAAGACACAAUAAUCACAUUACAACAUUCACAAGACUUUCAUUUCAUCAGUGUACUGAUUUGAGAGAUGGUCAAUUUUCUGACUGUCUGCUGUUUGUGCAUGCAUUGGAACAGUUAAUGAUGAUCACAAAGUUGCCAUUUUCAUUGCACACAUGUAUGAUGUGUUAAUCUAUUACUGGCCACUUAACGCUAUUUCUUUGUACUGCAGAAAACCCUUUCAAUGAAUUGUCUUGAAAAGUUGGUGAGAUAAAAGUGAAAUAAGCAUGAAUGAAGUCUGCUUUACUUUGAAGCGGUGAGUCUGCUGCAUUUAGCAGGGAUCAGCAAAAUAACGGAACCUUUCCAAAUUUAUAUCAGCAAAAAGCUCUUAAUACCGGACACUAAUUUGUCAAUGAACUUUAAUUGAACACUGAGAUAAAAGUAAUUUUUGUUUUAUAUGAAUUACGAUUCCAAACGAUCGACAAAAUCAUUAUUGUCUACACUGAUAUACGGCCAUUUACGGGUGUUCGGUAUUAAGAGGUUUCUGGUUUGGGUUAAUGGGGUUAGUGACCAUAUGUGCUAUGUUAAGGAUGUCACAGUGCACUAUGGGCCAUUGCUAUUUGUAUGCUGUAUGGUAUGAAUUGUGCUUAAAUUAAAAAAAAAAUCUGAAGCUCAGUGGUUUGAAGUAGAUAUACGUUUAUGCAUGUACUUCCUCUUAUCAAGUCCAAUACCAAUUAACAUUCAUCACAAAAAGUGAAAAAAACAUUUCAUGAUUACCUGUAUUUCUCAUGUUUUUUUCUUUGUUUUUCUUCAAAUACAGUGUAUCUUAAGGAAGCAUUCUUUUUGCAAUACAUAAAAAAUGAAGCUUCACCAGUUACAUAUAUUUGCAUCCAGUAUAUACAUGCCUAUUUUGUUUAAAGUACUUCAAAAUUAAUAUUUGAAAAGUUAAUUGUGAAACCAGCUAUUAAACACACUGAAGUUCCAUAUCAAAGCAAACAUGUAGAUUUUAGUUUACAUUUACUUGAGAUUGAUUACAAUCUGUCACAUUAUGAUUUUGAUUUUGAAUUUGGAAGUAAUCCAUUUUUGUUUUGUUUGUAUAAAUCAUUGCUUGCAUUUUGAUAAUGAGAUUUCUUGGACUGUAAGUUUGGGAGAGUCAGCAUUUUGAUCAUGUGUUGUUCAUGGGAAAUGUAUACACUGUAGAUAUGCUAUCAUGCUGGUGAAACGCUUGGGUACCUUAGCGAUAUGUAAUUAAAAGUUUUGUUUUGAUAUAAAAGUUUAGCUUACAUUAAGCCUUGUCAAGAUGGUACAUGCAUUUACCAGCUCCAUAUCCUAACGAUUUAGUUCUACCUCUGUGUGAUGGAUGAAAUUAGGAUUUUCAACAAUUAUACAGUUUGCGUUCUGGACGCGUCUUUUCAUGCGACUAUAUUUGGCUACCGGUAAGCCGACUUAGUAUUUUGUUUAAUUGGUUUAAAACUUGUAUAUGCUUGCUCUUGUGUUUUGCCUACCACUGCAAUUCAACAGAAAGAUGUGAUUGCGUUUCGGUGACACACGCUAUGGCGACAAUUGCUCCGCGCUC